GGACACAACUAGCACUUUCAAAGUGAAACCCUAGUCACCAAACGUGACGGCUGGACGCAGCACACACACAAGUCUCUCUUCUAUCUCAAGGAAUGUUGACAUGGGCACAAACAAAAAGUAGAGAACUUUCAUAUUUGUUUCAAUGGCUGCCUUUCAUUGUAUUCAAGCUCUAAGAGUCCCAUCAAGAACCCAUGUUUUCUUUCCUAUUGGGGAUCAGAACAGAUAUAAUAUUAUCAACAAGAAGCAAAGGGGUUUUCUAGUUUUUGCUUCUGCUGAUAAAAAAUCUGAUAAAGAGAUCUAUCUUAAAUCAAAGGUCGAGACAUUGUUAGACAGUGUAAAAUGGGACGACAAAGGUUUGGCAGUGGGCAUAGCUCAAAAUAUUGACACAGGAGCAGUAUUAAUGCAAGGCUUUGUGAACAGUGAUGCACUCGCUACAACAAUUUCCUCUCAGAAGGCAACAUUUUAUAGCAGGUCACGUUCAGCUCUGUGGACAAAAGGAGAAACGUCGAAGAAUUUUAUCAAUGUUCAUGACAUCUAUCUUGAUUGUGACCGUGACUCUAUAAUUUACCUUGGGAAGCCGGAUGGACCUACCUGCCACACAGGGUCAGAAACUUGCUACUACACAUCAGUCCCUGACUUGUUAGAAAAUAAACAGGUUGAUGGAAAUAAGUUGGCGCUGACAACUUUGUACUCGUUGGAAACAAUAAUUUCCGAGCGCAAAGCUGAAUUAGCAUUGCCACAAAUUGGAAAACCCUCAUGGACUAAACGAUUACUACUUGAUCAUGACUUACUCUGCUUGAAAAUCAGGGAAGAGGCAGAUGAAUUAUGCCGAACACUAGAGGACAAUGAGGACCAAGCACGUACUGCCGAUGAAAUGGGGGAUGUACUUUAUCAUGCCAUGGUUCUAAUGGCAGUUAAAGGUGUAAAAAUAGAAGAGGUGCUAGAAGUUCUACGGAAGAGAUUUUUUCAGUCAGGUAUCGAGGAAAAGAGAAGUCGUGGGUAGGCAAGCUAGGCGUGAUAACCGGUGUUUAUGGAUUUGUGCUGUUUGUGGUCUUGGCUUCGGAAUCUGUUGUCACGUUUUGUAACUUGAGCUGUUUAAAUGAUUUGCAAAAUCUUUGCAUUGUCCAAUUCUCGCAAUUAUUUCCCUUGUAAUCAUUUGAGAAAGAUAAAUAAGCACCAUCUUGAUGA